UCGGUGCCUGAGGUGGAGGCAGCGGCAGGCUGAGCUCGGAGAGCUAAUAAGCACCCACGGCGUCCAGAUCAGACGGAGAUAUUGUGUGGGCAGGAGGGGGAUUUGGUGUCCUGGGUGGGGCUGAGUUCGAGAUGGAGUUCCAGAGCAGCGACCUUUUGCACUGGCUGUCCUCGAAAGCAUUGACGCUUUUGAACUUGGGUGCUGGAGAAGACUUUUGAGGAGACCAUGGACAGCCAGGAAAACAAGCCAAUGGAUCAUAGAACAAAUCGAUCCAGAAUUUUCACUCAAGGCACAAAUGACCAGGCUCAAACUAUCCUACUUUGGACAUAUUAUGCGGAGACCCAGCUCCCUUGAGAAGUCCAUAAUGCUGGGAAAAGUUGAAGGAAAGAGAAGAAGAGGACGACCAGCAGCAAGGUGGGUGGACUCGAUGACGACAGCCAUGAAGGCACCCCUGAGAGACCUUCAAGGCCAAACUGAAGACAGAUCAUCCUGGAGAGAAUCUAUCCAUGUGGUCGCUAAGAGUGGACACCGAAUUGACGGCACUCAAUCAGUCGAUCACAUCCUACUGAGCGCUGGGGCAUUGGGAGUAGAGAUGCACCCGCUGGGCCUCUGCAACAGCCACGACGAAGAGGACCUGUAUGAGUACGGCUGGGUCGGGGUGGUGAAGCUGGAGCAGCCCGGCCUGGAGCCCAGGCCCUGCCUCACCGUCCUGGGGAAGGCCAAGCGGGCGGUGCAAAGAGGGGCCACAGCUGUCAUCUUUGACGUGUCCGAAAACCCAGACGCCAUCGAUCAGUUGAACCAGGGCCUGGAAGACCCGCUAAAGCGGCCGGUUGUGUACGUGAAAGGGGCCGACGCCGUCAAGCUGAUGAACAUCGUGAACAAGCAGAAGGUGGCCCGGGCCAGAAUCCAGCACCGGCCCCCACCGCAACCCACGGAGUACUUCGACAUGGGGAUCUUCCUGGCCUUCUUUGUGGUGGUCUCUCUGGUGUGCCUCAUCCUCCUCGUCAAGAUCAAGCUGAAGCAGCGCCACAGCCAGAACUCCAUGAACCGGCUGGCCGUGCAGGCUCUGGAGAAGAUGGAGACGCGCAAGUUCAAGUCCAAGCUGAAAGGGAGCUGCGAAGGCAGCUGUGGGGCCCUGGACACGCUCAGCGGCAGCUCCACCGCGGACUGCGCCAUUUGCCUGGAGAAGUACCUGGACGGGGAGGAGCUGCGCGUGAUCCCUUGCGCCCACCGGUUCCACCGGAAGUGCGUGGACCCCUGGCUCUUGCAGCACCACACCUGCCCCCACUGCCGCCACAACAUCAUCGAGCAAAAGAAGGGUGUCCCCGGCCAGGGCUGUGAGGACGUGGCCAGCCAGUUGCGGGGCCGGCAGCAGCAGCAGCAGCAGCGGGUGAUCCUGCCCCUCCAUUACCCUGGCCGUGUGCACCGGGCCAGUCCGGUCACCGCGUACCCCACGCGGACCAGCAUGGACCCCCACGGGAACCCCAUCACCGUCCUGACGGUGGACCGACACGGGGAGGCCCCGGCCUUCCUGCGGAGCUACCCGCCCAUCCACUUGGAGCACCAGUGCGGCGUGGAGCACCGGGCCUACCCCUUCCGGAGGCCCAAGCUGGGCGGGGGCCACUUCUCCAAGCCGGCUUGCUUCUCGCAGUACGAGACCAUGUUCCAGCACUACUACUUCCAAGGCCUUAGCUACCCGGAGCAGGCGGGGCCUCUGCCGCCGGGCUCCCGUGCCUUCCCGCCUGUGGGCAGCAGCAGGCUCUUCCCCCCUCCCGUGGUCCACGUGGCACCGGCCUCCCGCCUGGAGAGUGGCAGUGCCUCCAGCUUCAGCUGCUAUCACGGCCACCGCUCGGUCUGCAGCGGCUACCUGGGCGACUGCCCCGGGAGCGACAGCAGCAGCAGCAGCAGCGGUGGUGGCGGCGGCAGUGGCGGUGGUGGCGGCGGCGGCAGCUCGGCCCACUGCCACUGCUCCUCCAGCGACUCGAUGGCGGACUGCACGGAGGUCAGCAACCAGGGCGUCUUUGGCAGCUGCUCCACUUUCCGGAGCUCCCUGAGCAGUGACUACGACCCCUACGUCUACCGCAGCAAAAGCCCCUGCCGGGCGGGCGAGGUGGGGGGGCCGGGUCGGGGGGCCGUGGCUCUCCUGGAGGGCCCUCCCGCUCCGAGCCUGCUGGGGGGCUGCGGUGGCGGUGGCGGCGGUGGCAGUGACGGCUUGCCUGUCUUGGCCACCUCCCCGGCAGCGGCAGGGGACCAGCUCUCGAACUGCAGCCUGGAGAUGAACUACAGCAGCAGCUCCUCGUUGGAGCACAGGGAGGCUCCCCCCGGGCCUGCGGCCGCCGCUGCCGCCACCGAGGGGCCCGGCCUGGAGGCUCUUCCCGGAGAAGUUGCCCGGCCCUGCCCAGGGCCCCCCCGGGAGCCUGCCUGCGCCUGCUGCUUCGAGGCCUCCCGGGAGCCCUUGGGGAGGGCGUCGGAGUGCAGCGCCCUCCUCCUGGGGCCGCCCCUCUGGACAGGAUGUGGCCCUGGCCGAGAGCCGCAGCGAAGUCCGGGCCUGUACAGUCUUCGGACCGAAGGGGGGGCGUGUGAGGCCCUGCCCUGCUGCUUCUAUGAAGAGAAGCAGGUGGCCGGUGGGGGCCCCAGCCAGGCAGGCUGCUACGCGGAGGACUAUGCUGUGAAAGUGCAGUACGUCUGCGCCGAGGAGUCCUUGCCGGGCUGCUGCCCCGCGGGGUGUGAGCUGGGCCAGCGCAUCACCAUCAUUCCCGAGGACAGAGACUGCGAGCUAGCGCUGCCCGCCGACUGCCAGGGAGGGGGCGCUGGUGGUGGCGGCGGCGGCAGCAGCAGCAGCCCUUGGGAGGGGCGGUGUGAGAAAGCGGGCCCUGGCAGGCCCCGGCUGGCUCGAGGCGAGGCCCCGGCUGAGCACGGACGCCCGCGGGAGUGCUGCUACCAGCCGGUGGACUUCCUGCAGGAGGAGGCCCGGGGGCUCUUCUCCGGCCCCUCCGCCCAGAGCUGUCCGGAGGCAGCGGCAGCGCCAGGCACCCCAGGGACAGGUUGCCCUUCUCUGAGGAAAGGUCACGUGGGAGACUGAGCCGUGGGACUGCCUCUCUGCUCCGGCCGUUCCAGCUGCGGCCCACUCCAGAGAAAGGCCGCCGUGGCCGCCGCCGCCGCCGCCGUCCACAGGCUGGGGUGGGCGGGCUUGCAGGGGCCGGCCCUGGCCCCCAGCUGUUCUCCGGGGCACCCGAGUGGUCUUUCCCACCGCGGUGCCGCCUCUUGCUGCUGCUGCCGCCGCCGCAGGGCGCAAGCUCAGGCCGGGGCCCCAGCCGCCCUGUGGGCAGAGAGGGGCCUCCUGGGCAGCCCGUCCGGAAACCGCACCUUGAAGCAAAAGGAGUCCAAAGGGCCGCCACUCCGGGAAGGCAGCUGCCCGCCGGUGCCGCCAGGAGACCCGGGUAUGUGCUUCCCAGCAGUGCCGGCGGGGGGGGGGGCUGGCCCUGGGAGGAGGAGGAGGCCCCCCCUGCCCUGGGGCCCCCGGGAGACCCGCCGUGGGGCCCUGAUGCUCUGCAUCCAUGUGGAGGCGACUGGGGCCAGACCUCUGCACGUGACCUGUGCCCGCUGCGAGAGGGGCUGGGGGCCUAUGCCUCCCGGGAGUCCCCUUGCCCGCUGCCUCCGGAUUGGCCGGCCUGGCUGUCAUUCAGGCCUCUGGGCAGGCAGAGGUCCCCCUCCCCCCCACCAGCUGCCUCUGUCACCAUGGCUCUUAUUCCGCCCCCCCCCCCCGAAUGGCUAAUCGUUUCCUGUGGAAACAACGGCUUCUGGCCACCGCAGCCCCGGCCACCUGGUGCCGGAAGACGCCCGUUCUGUGUGGCUGAGGCCACGGCGGGGCGCGGGUGCAGGGGGGGCACGCAGGCUGUGUCUGUGCCCCCCCCCGGGAGGGCCCUUGGCUCCAUCGGCACCCCAGCUGCAGAUCCUGGGGAGGGGGGUGGGGGUGGGGGGGGUGUGCUGAAUGGAUGUUGCCCGGUGCCUUGCCUUGCCCAGGGUGAGUGGCCUGGAAGGAAAGCAUGGGUGGGGGGAUGGAACUGGCUCUCCGCACGUGACUGAGAAGGUCAUCAGGCAACCCCGGGAGUGGGAUCGCUCAUCUGCUCACGGUGCAUGCUGGCCGAAGUCCACCCGGUGAAGCCCCAUUGCGAGCUGCAGCACCUGCCAGGCUCCUGCCUGCGAGAGAGUAACGGGGGUGGGGUGUUUGGGCCUGUGCCCGGAGAGAAGGGCUCCCUGCAGUCGGGCCGCCUGCCUGUUUCCCCAAAGUGGCUCCCAGACUCCGGGCCUCCAUGCGGCUGUCACUUCCGCAUGUGCUGGGUGGCUAGUGGAUGCCUGCCUGUUGCUAGUGCCCUUCAGGGCCGGGGUGGGGGCCAGGAGGCGCUUGAGUGGAGCAGCCGCCUUGUGGCCACCUGGAGGCUGUGGCUGAGAAGCCCCUGCCCGCCGGGGCCUGGCUCCCCGCUGUGGUCAGUAGGACCGUCUCUGUGUGGGCGAGUGUGAGAGAGAGAUCCCGAAGGCCUUGCUGUUGAAUCAACUCUUGCCAUUUUGUUGGGCUCAUGAGGCACUACUUUUUUAAUGAAAAAAAAACCCUUUAAAAAAAUAAAAGGAAACUCUUCUGUAGCACUUAAACAGUUUUGUAUAAAAUUUACUGUCAAGAUUUGUAAUCUGGCUAAAGGGCUCUUUCUCCUGCCAUUUGUAAUGUUUCUAAGGUUAGAAGACGACUUGUGUAUAUUCUGUAUAUGGAUAGCAGCACAUUUCAUUUAUGGAAAGAUGUUCUCAGAAUAUUUAUUUACUAAUAUAUUUAUCUUAAGCCAUGUCCUAUGUUGAGUGUGUGAUGUUGUCUAAAUAAUAAUAAUAAUAAUAAUAAUAAUAAUAAUAAUGAAAAAUCACUAACAGGAAACCCUGUAAAUACACAGUAAUUGCACACAAAGAUUUUUCUAUGUUUGCCGACCAAAAAGUGAUUUUAGCGUCUCCGGUUCUGUAACAAAGUGUACAAACGUCUGUUUAAAAACAAAAAAUACAGUUUUAUGGUCUAACUUGA